AUGAAUAAUACAACCAUUUCUCUACCGAGAGAACAUUUUCCACUGCCUCAAGAAAUUGCGUCCUUCAUCGAGACACUAAAUUUGGUCUAUCUAGUAUCUGGAAUUUAUAUCGGACUUAUUGCAGUUAUCACAGUAUUUGGGAAUGGCCUUCUCCUACUGGCAAUCAUUAAAGAUCCGUUUCAGUCCUUCCGGACACCCAUGACUGUAUUUGUUGUUGGUCUUGCUAUAACAGAUGGUUUCACUGGUCUUAUCGUGGAUCCCCUGACGGCUUUUAUUUCCAUCGCUUCAUAUUUGAAUCUCUUUCGCAGCAAUAACCCAGCCAUUUUAAAACUUUUAGAGGACUGUUUUAAAGUGAACUCUUACGUAUCUUUCAUCACGAUGAAUGCGUCCUUUCAGAUUCUUCUUGCCUUAACAUUCUGCCAGUACCUUGCCAUUUCGUUCCCGCACAAGCACCGCACGUUUGUCACUCGCCGAAAUGCAAUCAUCACUGUAGUUGCAAUAGUGGUAUAUUGCAUUAUCUUUUCGCUUUUACUUGAAUAUAAGGUUCCUUCAAAAGUCAAGUUGGAAAUAGAUGUGAAUUUGAAUACUAAUAUUGUCUUAGUUGCUCUUAUUUUGUGUCAUAUAUUGCUAUAUCGAACAUACCGCGUCCAUCUCAACAGGGUCAGCAACUUGGACGGAAACGACGCCGCCCGUAAGCGAAGAAGAGAGCAACAACGCCAAUUUACUUCCGCAAAUUUACUCUUAGUAACCUUUCUCGUGCUAUUCACGCUGCCAUCUGUAAUCUUAUGGAAUCUUAGGCUAUACAAGUACAAUGAUAGAAUUUCACUAUCGCUUAGCCAGGAUUUAAGAAUCAAGCUUGCAGAAGUGGUCACUGUGAACGUACUCGUUCUAAAGUUUGCAUUGGACCCGUUCAUUUACGCCUGGAGGCUCUCAAAGUACCGUCAGGCAAUCACGAGUAUUAUUAGGUGUAACAGUGUUGCACAUGAGAUCGAUGGGGGCUCUUCGUUGCGCACAAUUUCUACGUUUGAGACAGAAGGAAACCGUGGAAAUUACAGAGGG